AUGAAGUAUUCCGCUCUGUUUAUAGGAGUUGCAGCUGUUAGUGCCCUCGCCGUGCCCACUCCUCAUACUUAUGAGCUACACGAGAAACGUGAAUUCAUGCCAUCUUCAUGGAAUGAAGGGAAAAGACUAGACGGCUCGACACCAUUGCCUGUGCGAAUCGGUCUGAUGCAGCCUAAUUUGAACCGUGGCCACGACCUUCUUAUGGAAAUGUCGAACCCAUCCUCGAGCCGCUAUGGUCAACAUAUGUCCGAUUCCGAGGUAAUUGACUUGUUCGCACCGAGCCAGGAGAGCGUGGAUAGUGUUCUUGGAUGGUUGGAGUCCUCCGGUGUGGCUACAGAUCGUAUCUCGCAAUCUGUGAAUAAGCAGUGGAUGCAAUUUGACGCCGACGCCGAAGAGCUAGAGAAGCUGCUCCGCACCGAAUACUAUCUCUAUGCCCAUUCUGAGACCGGUCGUUCUCACGUUGCAUGCCGCGAAUAUCAUGUGCCGAGCUCAGUGCGCGAGCACGUCGACUAUAUCACUCCGGGUAUCACUUUGCGUGAAGUGACUGGUGUGGGAAGACGGAGUGAUCCAAAUAUCAAGAAGCGCGUUGCAAACGGGCUGCCGCCCAUCCUAGAGCCUAUCGCAAUUCCACUUGAACAGUUGCUCGGGCGGCUGCUUGAUUUCUGCGAUGUUGCCAUCACACCCCAGUGUAUCCGGGACAUGUAUAACAUCACAGAAGGCACAUCGGCGAAUCAAGGUAACGAACUCGGAAUUUUCGAAGGCAUUGGCGACGUCUACGCUCAGGAGGAUCUUAACCUCUUUUUCACAACGCUUGCAAGCGACAUCCCUACUGGAACUCACCCGACCUUGAAAGCUGUAGAUGGCGCCAAAGCCCCUGCUCCUUUGCAAAGUGCGGGGCCUGAGUCUGAUCUGGACUUCCAGAUUACUUACCCGAUCAUCUGGCCUCAAAACUCGAUUCUCUUCCAGACGGAUGACAUGGUCUACGAGGAGGACUACACAUUCCGUGGCUUCCUCAACACUUUCCUGGAUGCUAUCGACGGCUCAUACUGUGAUGAAAUCUCGCCUCUUGACCCCCCUUACCCAGACCCUCAGGCUGGCGGCUACAAGGGCACGUUACAGUGCGGUGUCUACAAGCCCACCAACGUAAUCUCGAUCUCUUACGGGGGCGAUGAAGCUGAUCUACCUGUUGCAUACCAGCGACGCCAGUGCAACGAGUUCAUGAAGCUUGGCAUGCAAGGUGUGUCGGUUGUUGUCGCUUCUGGUGACUCUGGCGUUGCUGGAGCCAGCAACUGCUUGGGAGAAGAUGGCAAGGUUUUUAACCCUGACUUCCCGGCCUCAUGCCCGUACUUGACGGCCGUGGGGGCAACUGUCAUUCCCCUUGGUGCCGGUGCCAAAGACCAUAAAGAAGAGGCUGUAACCCGUUUCCCGUCUGGCGGGGGGUUCAGCAACAUCUACGAGCAUCCCGAUUACCAGUCUCAAGCUGUGGCUGACUAUUUUUCCACGGCUAAGCCUACCUACCCUUACUAUGAGAGCGUCAAUAAUAACAGUUUUGCGGCCAACGGCGGCAUCUACAACCGGAUUGGACGAGGCUAUCCUGAUGUUUCCGCGAUCGGGGACAACGUUGUCAUAUUCAACGCCGGUUUGCCAACCUCAAUUGGCGGUACCUCGGCUUCGGCUCCAGUCUUCGCCUCUGUUUUGACCCGUAUCAAUGAGGAGCGGCUAGCUGCAGGCAAGACAACUGUCGGUUUUGUCAACCCUGUUCUGUAUGCGCAUCCGGAGGCCUUCUUUGACAUCACUAAGGGCGAUAACCCAGGCUGCGGCACCAAUGGGUUCUCGGCUGCCGUGGGCUGGGAUCCAGUGACUGGAUUGGGUAGUCCUAACUACCCGGCCUUGCUGAAGGUCUUCAUGAGCCAGUGA